CUAUUUAAAAAUCAUACCAGGUUUUAGAUUCUUCCUCAGAGUAUGAUUUUGUCCAUAAUCCCUCAAGGGCCAAUAGUGCCUCUCAGAUGUUAAAAUCCAAUAGCAUUAAGAACAAUGUGGUAGUGGCGAAUGUCAGUCCUUAAAAUGUGUUGUAAGGAAUAGCUAGAUAAAAAAGUAGGCUAUGGCUAAAAGUCUGUGACCUAUGCUGGAUAACCUGAAUGAAAUGGGGCAGUUUAGAUUUAAGUAUGGUUCUCAAUAUUUGCUAACAGCAUGGCACUCCCUAUAUAUAUGUGUGCAAAAUAAUCCUGAUUUAUCCAUUACAUAGCCUGCAAUUUUCUUGUCAGUCUGACCCAUUUUAAAGUCACUUAACACAACAUGAAUCAGCUUCCAGUGUAACUCUGUUACAGGCUUUCAUUGAAGUUUAUCCUAUAUUUCUUUUUAAGCUUUUAGAUGCCCCCCACCCCCCUCUGUACAGACUGGUACAGAGGUUGUUCAAAACAAAUCUAUGCUGGGAAUCCACAUAAAACAAAGAAUUUCAGGUUUUUCUGGCUUCUCUUAACUGCUGUACUGUGGUGGUUUCCAGGCAACAGGGCUCAAAGGACUCCUGUUGGAUAUAACAGAACAAAAGAGCAUUAUAUUUUACUAGAACUGUUGUGCUGGACUAAUUUUGCAUGGAACAAUUGACAGUUGGGCUCGAACCAUUGGCGAGGCUACAUAAGGGUCAGGUUGGCACUGGUCCACCCAUUUACAUUGCCUGCGAUAAUAUCAUAAUUGUUGUUUUAACAAUGUGCAAUUUGACGUUAUCGAGUCAAAAUAUUUUCAAUUUAGGCAUUUUUUCAACUCAUAUUUUUGGCCUUUUUCUUUUUCAGCCAAAAGCCAAAGGCACUGAGGUCCACUCCACUUGAAAAUAUCAGGUCUCGCCACUGGUUCAAACAGAAUAUGCAUUUAUAUCUUUCCCUCUCCCUCAGCUUCUGUUUGUGGUGAUUUGUGGCCUUGGUUGAAUAGACUGAACUUGACAAGUCAGUUUGUCUAAGAUUCUUUGUGCAAGCAGAAUUACUUCAGCCUUCGGCUUUUGUUCUCUGCAGACAAAAGCACAAAUGUGUUGACAAUUUUAUGACAGGAUACCCAUCCUUGUUUGGUUUGGUGUCACCAGUAGUGAGCUUCAUACCAUCAUAGCUACAAUUGUCUUUUGUAUUUUGUAGAAGAGCUUCCCUACUGUUUACUAGACCUCUGGUUUGUGUAAAUUCUCUGACACAGACAAGGCAGAGUGAAUUGGCAUUGUUGUUUUUCAGAUCUAGUACAUGAAUUCACAAAUCUUUCAAAUGUCUAAAAUGUGUGAAAUCAAACAAGAUAAUAGAGUUUAGUUUAACUGGUAGAGAAAGGCAAGUUCAGUAGGAAUCUGCAAAAUAGACACAUUAAACGCAUAAAACAGAAUACAACAAAUAAUGUCCAUUUCCUUUCAGAAAUGUUUGGAAUUGGUGAGUAUGUCCUUUUCAAAGAUUUGAAUUAUGAAAGAAAGAAUCUACUUAAACUCCCACUUAAAUGAAUUUAUAAAUUGCCUAUAGUAUCUUCAUUCUGUUUCAUUAUAAUUUGUAUAUUUGUUACAUAUUGAAUGUGGGUGCACAAUUUUAGGUGUAAAGUCUGAGAGUGCUAAAAAUCCAACAGCUUCCAAUAAACCUUUAGAUUAAAAGGUCAUUCUGGUCCUUGAGGGAAACAUCAUUGUCAAUGGAGGAGCUUUUCUCCUUCAGCUGAAUCACAAGUGGCUGUAAAAUCUUUUUUUCUGCUGAUGCUCCUUGUAACCUGCAGAAAAAUGAGACAAACACAUGCACAAAAUAUUUAAGUAUUCUGUUGUCAAAUUGGAUCCUUAAUGUGAGUAGACUGAAAAACUGUCACAUAGAAAAUAUCUAGGUAUAAAAUUUAGUUCAUUUAUGUAACGUUAGAUGCUUACUAUGCAAUCUUCUGUUCAACACGCCCCUUUCCUGUGUGAAGUUAAUGAGUACCCACAGUACCACAUUUGUCAAAAAGACCACCCCUCCAUCCCUUCUAUAAAUACCCUGAUCUUAGUCUUUAACGGCAGAGGACACAUAAUGUCUGAAAUAUCCUACAGGACCUUUGCUGGUUUUCUAAUCUUGUUGGGUUGUCUUGGAAUGACCUUUGCUGUUUAUUCUAGUGAUGCAAAAUGUGGAUCUACUAAGGUAAGAGGCAUCCUUGAGCGUUCUUUGAGGGUUAUUGGAGGAUCAGAGGCCAGGCGAGGUUCCCAUCCAUGGUUGGUGUCUCUUAGGAUCAGAGGAUCGCAUUUCUGUGCUGCAGCGAUCUUGACAGACCACUGGCUUUUGACUGCUGCUCAUUGCUUUGCAAGUGUAUCCAAGGACUUCCUGCACAAAAUUGAGGCUGUAGCAGGUGAUUUCAACCAAAGAGAAGUUGACAGAGGCGAGCAGAACUUCCAGGUAAAAACUGUAAAGUUCCAUGAAAAGUAUCAACGCUCCUCUCCCAUGAGUUACGACAUCGCUCUGCUUGAGAUCAAAGGACGCAUUCUCUUUGGUGAUUUUAUUAAGCCUGUCUGCCUGCCUUACCCUGGUGAGAGGUUUCCACCCAAGACCAUGUGUGUUGUUGGUGGAUGGGGUCGUAUUACUGAGAAAGGGCCACUUUCUUCGGUUCUUCAGGAGGUGCAACUGAACCUGUUAGAGCAAAGCAAUUGCAAACAUGUCCUACAAACACUUAGACCUGGACAGAAGAUCUUUACAGUCCUGUGUGCUGGCCGAGAGAAUGGUGGGAGAGAUGCCUGCCAAGGGGAUUCUGGGGGUCCCCUCCUCUGCCCCAGAGCAGAUGGAUGCUGGGUGGCUGUGGGAGUCACAUCAUGGGGUAAGGGUUGUGGUCGAAGCUGGAAUAACAACAAGAUCAAACCCUCAUCCAGAAGAGGCUCACCUGGAGUAUUCACUGAUGUCUUAUUGUUCCUGUCAUGGAUCAAGUCUAAUCUUAGAAAAGAACUCAACAUAGGUGCAGACAGGUCCCUGUGCAGUGUACAUGAUGGAGUUGUACCUGGAAGUGAAGGCAUCAUCAAAAAUCCAGCUCACCCAGGUCAAAGCUACAACAACAAUGAGAUGUGUCUGUGGUCCAUUCAAGUUGCCGCUGGAGAACAUAUUCUACUGGAGUUCAUAGAGUUUGACCUGGAGAAUGAUACACAGUGCUACAGCGAUCACCUGACUGUGUACGUGGAUGAAGACAGGCGAAUAGGUCGAUUCUGUGGAGGUCAACCUCCACCUCCGGUUCUUAUUGGUGGUUCCCACAGUAUCACAGUGCAGUUUGUGUCUGAUGUAAGCAGCACAGGUGCAGGAUUUGCCAUCCAAUUCCAUGGUGUUGACAAGGACUACCGUUUUGGUGAGUUGAAUCUGUCCGACUGGUUUCUCUUGUUGUUGUGCACCCAACUCUGA